AUGGGAGCACCUUUAUCAACACUUAACGAAACCAUUUUCAUCAACAAUACUGAAAUAACUUUACCAUCAUCAUCAACAGAUACUAUAAAAAACGGUAGUAAUUGUCAUAAUACAAAUAUUAUUCCAAUAUUCAUGUCUUCUACUGGCCAAUCGACACAAGCAAUUACUCAUGUGAUCCCGCCUGAAUUAUUUAUUGACGUUUUUAAAAAUAUUCCACCACAAGAACUAUUUGUGGUAGCCCAAGUUUGUAAAUUAUUUAGAGCUAUUUUAUUAUCCAAUCAGAAUAUAUGGAGAACCUCUCGAUUAUCUUUUUGGCCGCAUUUGCCUUUACCGCCACCUGAUGGAAUGGAUGAACCUGCGUAUAUUCAACUCGCGAUGUUAGAAAAAGGAUGUCAGUUCUGUAGAAAACGAAAAUCCGGAUUAAAAGUUUAUUGGGCGUUUCAAGUACGAUGUUGUAAAGAUUGUUUGGCUGAUAUGACAAUCAGUGAUUUCGGUCUUUGGAGUGAAACUUCAAAAGAAUUAUCUUCAACAGAUAAUGACGCUCCUCCAAUCUAUCCUAACAUUUAUGCUCAAUUACCUUAUAUCGUGGUCAAUGGAUUUUAUGGGGAGGAAACGAGAUAUCGUACGGCAGACGUAAAAAUGGCACUCACAAAAUAUGAAUCUAAUCCCGAGGAAUACCUUGCCGAGCUAGUUGACGUCUUAAAGGCAGAGAAUCUUAAAACAUUUAUGGCAGCUGUUGAAUUACGAACUGCGGCUGAUGAUGAGGCGAGAGUUCAUAUUAUUGAGGAGCGAAAGGAUCGCAUAGAGUCAAUACUUGAAGAGUUUUCCAAUGAUAUAAACGAGGAUGGGCUACCUCUUUAUGAACCUGACGUUCUUGAAAAGUGUCCCUCGUACAAGGAAGAAAUUAGUUUACUUGAUCAGCCAUUCACGCCUAAAGAUGAAAUAUCAUUCAGGAAUAAGUUGAAAUACGAGCAUGAAAAUCUUGCUAGUGAAAUUGCAGUCAGAUAUCGCCAAGAAGAUAUUCUUCAUGAAAUUUGGGAAUUGAUUCCGAGCGUUGAAGGAUGCAGCAUUGAUUGUGAAAACCCAAAACAUAUCGAAAAACGUGCAAAAGAGAAAGCGCAAAAAUCUCAGCCCCCUUCGUACAUCAUACCAACGACUGAUUGCAUCUUUGACUGCAUCGAUUGGUGUCCAUCUUUCACUAAUCCUCCGUUUGUGAAUAAUGAUCCAAGAAAUAAUUGGAGUAAAGAAUUUCUAGUCUAUUACCUGAUCCCGAAACUUCGACAGGAAGCUAUCGAGGUGCAGAAAAACGUUCGUCCGUUACCUUAUUGGACUGUAAAAGGUGCUGCUGAACAUAAAAUUUUAUCGGUCGCCAAAGUUUUUCGGUGUCGAUUGUGUUAUGACAAUAAUCGUGUCUUUGAUUAUCGUGGUGUUGAUGCUCAUUUGCAGAAUAGAAUUCACAGUCCUGGAGCUUUGGAUACUAUGGAGAUCGCGGAAGUUGAUGUAAUGCGUGCUUUGAAAGCAAUUUGUAAAGUUUGA